AUGAUGGCACAGCCAGAGGACAAGGCCUCAGCAGGCCCCACCGAUGGGGAGAGACUAAUCCCAUCACAGGCGAAUGGAGCAGGUGAGACCCCCUUAAGGGUCCUUGGGACCCCAGAGCCACUCCUUCGCCUUCAGAGGACAUGGGGGGUGUGGCAGAUCCCAGAGCUGGAUGCCCAGGAUGCAAAAGCCCUUCUGGAGCUGUGGCCACCAGGGAGUUUCCUGGUCAUAGGACAUGAUCCCAGACAGGUCCUUGUGUUGAGGACAGGACCUUCACCAGGGGAAAUCAACACCUACCAGAUCCAGAAGCUUCCUGGAGGUGUGUCUCUGGAGUCCUCUAACCUCUGCAUGUCAGACCUGCCCCAUCUCCUGGCCUUCCUAUCAGCCAGCAGGGAUGUUUUGCCCAGAACACUGCUCUUGCCCCCUCCCACUCUAGGGCCUGGAGACCAAAACACAGAUCCUCUGUGGAUUGGCAGCAUCCAACUCAACACCUCAGGGACGGUGUACUUUGCGGUGAACAAGCUCUACCUGGAGACCCACAGAGGGUGGGAGAUGGAGCAGACGCCCCCAGAGACAACUCCAGAGACUGCCGAGAGACAUGGUCCAGCCCCCAGGAACCCAGCCCCUCACCAGGUCUCCUGGGUGGAAGGCCCACUCAGCCCAGAAGUACACCAUCCUAGGCCAGCUCUGGCCAGCCCGGUGGAAGAGAAGGAGGAAGAGGAGAAGGAGAAGGAUGACUACAAAGACGAGGAAGAGGGAGCUGAGGAUGCGCUCACACAGCACAUCCGGGCUCUAGCCAGGGCCCGGAGCAGCUACGUGGCCAGGCAGUUUCGGGGCUUUCGGGUGCGCCUCGUCUCAGAGGCUGAAGGUCCCCACAGGCCUGGGGACCCGGCCACAGAGCUGCUUCAGGAUAUGCGGCAUCUCCUUGCUGACCUCCAAGAUCGCUUAGCAAAGGACCCCGAUGUCAGGGCUGUCUUUGAGAGCAGGGCGCCCGGGGCCCCCCAGAAGGACGAGGAUCUAGGCCCCGCGGUGGAGGCGGCCCUGUGCCGGGCGGUGCUGGCGCCUCUGAAGCCGGCCCUGUGGACUCGACUCCGCACGCUCCGCGCCCCAGCUCUGCGGCAACUGCGGCGGCGACAGAUAGCCCUGCGGGCGGAGGCGGGGCCUCCGGGAGCUCAGGGGGCGGGGCAUGAGAGGCGGGGCCCCGUCCCCGCCCUGCGAAGCCGCAUCCACGCGCGCCUGGCGCGCCUCCACUCAGCCUGCGCCCCGCGCCGCAAGGUGUCGCUCCUGCUGGCGGUGUGCAGUGACGUCUACGAGGGCCUGGCUCGGGACGAAAACCAAGAGCCCCUGGGGGCCGACGCCUUCCUGCCAGCGCUAACAGAGGAACUAAUCUGGAGUCCGGACAUUGGGGAGACGCAGCUGGACGUGGAGUUUCUCAUGGAGCUCUUGGAUCCGGACGAGCUACGGGGAGAGGCCGGGUACUACCUGACCACGUGGUUUGGGGCCCUGUACCACAUUGCCCACUACCAGCCCGACACGGGCCGCGCGCCUCAGGGGCUCAGCUCUGAGGCCCGGGCCUCCCUGCGCCAGUGGCACCGCAGGCGGACGCUGCAUAGACAGAGCCCCAUCGAAACCCAGGCCAAGCUGCCCUUUGAGGAACCAUGGGCAAUAGAGAUUGUGCAAGAGGCCAAUGAUGAUUAGAAUCUCAAACCCUCCUGCUCCGCAAGCAAGAUUCGGGAGGCACCUAGGGCAGCACCAACUUCUGACCCCUGUAGUUUAGACUAGAGGCAGCAAGAAGGAGGGGUUCCCAGGAAAAGGAACCGGGUCUGAGGGAAGACCUUUGAGCCUUUGCAUUGGCUGUCCCUGCUUCCUGGAAUGCCAUUCCCGAAUAUCCACACUGCUCCUUCCCUCCCUUCCUUCAGGUCUUUAGGCAGAUGUCACCUUCUCAGUGAGGCUCUCUUCCAGACACCCCUGUCUAAAACCACAGCUUCUCUGGCUUGACCCUCUCUGUGGUAAACAGAAUAAUGCCCCCCCAAGAUGUUCACCUCCUAAUCCCCAUAAUCUGUGAAUAUGUUACCUUAAGUGGUAAAAGGGACUUUACAGAUGUGAUUAAAUUAAGGAUCUUGGACUUCUCUGGUGGUCCAGGGGUUAAGACUCCGCGCUUCCACUGUGGGGGCUGCGGGUUCGAUCCCUGGUGGUGGAAGUUCCACAUACCAUGGGGUGCGGCCAAAAAAAAAAAAAAAAAUUAAGGGUCUUGCGAUGGGAAGAUUACCCUGGAUUCAGGUGGGCCCGAUGUAAUCCCCAGGGUCCUUAUAAGAGGGAGGCAGUGGGGU